AGUAUCCAGAUGAAAAAUGGAUGCGUAUUCCAAAAUCAGAAAAUUGAGGAAAAAACUGCGACAAAUUGAACACUUAGAAUUAAUUGAACGUGACCUUACUGACGAAGAAGUGGCAAAGUGUAUCAAAAAGAACAGUAUCAGAGAAGAGCUUCUGAGUCUACUUCAUGACAACACAAAUCCCUCCAUCUCAGUGGGAGAAGAUGACAAUGACAUCAGCUCAUCAACUGCUGCAUCAUAUAGCAAUACCAGUCAAUCACAGAGUGAUUUUGCCCAACCUCCUGUAUCUGAGGUUGAUGUGAAUGUCUCAGUGGACGAUGAGGAAGCUGACGAGAAUGAAUGGGUUAAAGUGAUAAAGGACUUGAACCCAGGGAAUGUUAACAACAGUAGUAGGAAUGAUAACAAUGGUAAUGGUGAGGCUGCUGAUGAAAAAAACAGUGUUGGAAGUGAUGGUGGGAAAGUUGCAACGGAUGCUGAUGCUGGAUCAACUAUGACCAAAAGGGCAGUGACCAAGGAGAAGGAUGUGUUUAAGAAGCCAAGUAGCCCAGACGUGUCUCCUACCAAGAAGCUGAAGACUGAGAAAGGUAAAACCAAGUCUGGACUGGUUGAGAAAUGGAGAAGCUCCAGCUUCAAUGUACAAGUUCUGGAGGGCCAUAAUGACCUCAUUUUGACUGUAGACUGUGCUGAUAACAUCCUUGUGUCCGGCAGUCGAGACACAACUGUCCGUGUCUGGAAGCUGGAGCCAAGUGCAAGAGAACUACGGUGCCUGGGCGGUCACACGGGCUCCAUCACUGAUGUUCUCAUCCUGCCCGCGAAACAGUGCCCGCAGAUAAGCAGCCAUUUUGGUGUGUCAGAAAACCUCCACAUCGUCUUCAGUGUAUCGACGGACUGUAACCUGAAACUUUGGAUUGCAGAGACUGGAGAGCUGCUUACCACCAUUUACACGUACAACCCCAUCACAAAGGUGGCUUACUACGGACAGAAUGCCUGGCUUAUCAUUGCUUCAGCUGGUGGUAAGCUGGAGUUAUGGGACGUGCAGGAUAAAGAAAACAUCACGUCUGAACACGCCCACAGUGACACAAUUACAGGACUGUGUGUUACAGGCAACCAUAUCUUCACAUCGUCAGGAGUUGAUAGCGAAAUCAAGGGGUUCGAAGUGCGCGACAGGAGUCUCCACUGUGUGUACGUGUCGGAGAAUACACGUGACAUCUCAGGCCACACGGUCACCAUGAGGCAGGUGAGGGCGCUGGCUGUCAAGGGGGAUAAUCUUGUGUAUGGGGAUGAUGGCGUCAACGUAAAAAUCCUGAAUUGGAGAAAAGGUUUGGUGAAGAAACUAGCGAACCACCGCGAGGAGUUUGGAAUCACAGACACUCUGUGUUGCCAUGGUGAUGUAAUGGUCACCUCGGCGUAUGACCUUGACACCGGACAUGGAUACCUGAAUGUUUUUGACAUAACCUCUGACCCUGUGUACAUGGCAACCAUUGAUGACAGUGACACUGGAAGAAUACUUGACCUCUGUUGCCAGGAGACAUCACCUGGGGUCAUCACCAUGGCAACCGCGGGAAUGGAGCUACAGGUCUGGAACCAGGUGCCCAGCAAAAGUAAAGAUGCCACAGUGUCCGCUGUAUUUUCACCACAACUUGCGAGGUUUGCAGAGAACUCGGACAUAGAAUCAGAAGCUGAAUUCACAGACACAGACUCUGAAAGUCCUGAGGGCAGCAGGGCUAGCUCAAGAAGGGGGAGUGUUCAGGGACAGGGCUACAUGUCCUGGUGUUCUCUCGUCUGAUUGGUACACUGGCAAGGGAUUCCCCAGUGUUCUGGCAUCUGAUUGGUGCACAGAAAAUAAAUUCCCAAGUUAACUUUCAUUGGUUGGUGAGAUGGUAUUGGAUUCCCCAGUGUUUUGCAUCUGGUUGGUGCACAGGAAAGAAAUUCCCAAGUGUUCUUUCAUCGAAUGUUGUGCUGGUAUGGGAUAUCCCAGCGUUUUUGCAUCUGAUUGGUGUACUGGUAUGGGAUUCUCCAGUGUUCUAUAAUCUGAUUGGUGCUUUUAACAUUAAAUAGGUGCCACAGUGAUUGAUUGGCCCAUUUAAAAUUCUUAUAUGAUCUAAUUGGUGCGGAGAAAUGGGGCUAUUCUUAUAAUCCUAAUCUUGACAUUCAGGAAGAGGAUGGAAUACCAAAAUAAUAUCUGAUCUGAGAAAUGAUCAGGAGUGCUCCAUCUACUGAUUGGUGUAUACAGAUUGAGGGAUGGCAGUGAUUUAUUAUCCAUUGCUAUUGUUGUGCUUGAGCGAACAUGCUGCAUGUUCUAAAAUGAAGAUCAUAUUGAAAAAACAAUGAUACACAUUAAUAGCUUGAUUGAAAACUUUGUGACCAUAGUUUCCUUUGUAUUUAUAAUUAAUAAUUAGGCCAACUAACCCAGAUUCGACAACUUUGUUGAACAUUUUGAAAUUUGAUACACUGAUAAAUGAUAUUGGAUAAGAAGAUAAUUGAAAUAAAACAAUUUGUUACAAGAAUGAACAAAAAGACAAAUUUAAUAUUAUUUAUUUAAGUUUGCUGUUGGUACAUAUAUAUAUAUAUAUAUAUAUAUAUAUAAAAUAUUGUUAUAAAUAUGUUUGUAUGUUGCUUUAAAUGCAUAGAAUCUUGUGUUAAUGUAUUUACAUCAUAAGACUACAUGUAUAUAUGUUUAAUUGGCUUGCUUAAAGUAAAGGUAAUUGGGAAAAUAAAGAAUAAUUAUAUCAUAAAUAAUGUCGCUAUCAGGAAAUACCUUAAAUAUAACUUUUGAUAUAUAUAACUAGUCUAUUUACUUUUCAUAUGAGAUCAUAAAUCACUAGCCUUGAAAAUGUUGCGGCUAAAUAGCGACAUUUUAUGUAUUUAGUGUUGUAAAUCAUCAAGUUAGUAUAAAUGUUAUACAUAGAAUAUGACAUUACAUUUUGUUGUCAUUCACUACUAAAUUUAUUAUAUUUGUUUGUUUGUUUAAAUUGAUAAAAACCUAACAUGGCUCAUUUUUAUCAAUUUUGGAAAAUAGUCAGAUAAAUACCAUAUCAAAUGAUUUCUGAUGUUCUAUCCUCUAUAUGUACAUGCAAUAAUGUUUAUUUAUAAAUUUAAAAGUAGAUUUAUAGUUAUAAAAAUGGUAUUGAGCGUUUAACAUAUUUCACCUUAGUCUAUUUGCAUACAUUCCAUUCUGUGAUAGCCAUUAUGACUUUUCAAUAAAUGAGAAAAAAUAU